AUGAUGUUAGAUGAAAAUGGAGGUGGAAUGGCCGGGAACGACCUGCGGACGCUCAUCGAGUCACGCAUUCCUGAGCAUAGAGCGCAUCUGGAAACCAGCCAUCUGAAUCUAGAAAACGUUGCUGCUUAUUGCGAGGCCAACUACCUCAACGCCGUGGAUCGGAAUGCGUCGUUUGAGGAAACAAAGCAGUUUGCGUUGCAGUCCCUCGCCAGUGUUGCGUAUCAGAUAAAUACUCUUGCAAGGGAUUUGUUGGAUAUGCUGGAUUUACAGACCGAUAAAAUUUCAAAUCUGAGCGGUCAAGUGGAAAAUAUAGAUGUGGAACCGCCUCAACGAUACAGACGUGCACCAAUAGACUUUUCUGUUUUGGAUGGAAUAGGACAUGGUGUUCGUUGUGAGGUGCCUCAACAUCGUGGUGGAUUAGUGUCUCGAGCCGCCUCAAGUGUCUCUGGAUCACAACCUUAUUCAAUGCAUUACGUCCAGUAUGAGCGCACAGCAAACAUCGGGACGAACACAUUGGGUCGUUCUUCGAUGCGCAGUGGUCAUUUGAACAUGAAUACACAGGAGCAGUAUAGAGUUCCGCUGGUUAUGCCACUGAUGGAUCAUCAGCGAUACAUGUCAAUGGGUCCCGUUUCUCAACAUCAAUCUGUAGCUGAAUUUGCUCAGAUGAAUGUAAGAGGGAGCGCUGACGGUAGUGUUCUGUCAGAUGGAGCCUCCGACUUAGGAAGAAUUAGUAUGCAAGACAGAUAUGGAACCCUGAGACUCCAUCCAUCCGUUCGAGGUGAAAGUGGUAGUGUGAUUAAUGAAGAAAGGGCUGAAUCACCGGGAUUUCCGUUGCCUCCUCCUCAGCUCAGUUCGCAUUACGGCUAUGUCGGCUUCACGAAGUCAGAUGUUACAGAUCUUCCUCCUCCGGCGAUGCAGAUGCUGAACUCAACUCAUGAAGAUGAACCGUUGCCUCCUCCUCCAAAUUCUCAAGCCAACUUUUUCGAUGCACACGCUGACUGGGUUCCUCGUAACUACAUAGAAAAAGCCGUGGCUCUGUACGAUUAUGAUGCGGACAAACCGGAUGAGUUAUCGUUGCGAGAGAACUGUAUUGUGUACGUGCUGAGAAAAAACGAUGACGGAUGGUAUGAAGGCGUAUUGGAUGGAGUGACGGGGCUCUUCCCUGGGAACUACGUCCAACCGGUCUGA